AUGGAAGACGAGAUUCUGUUCCAUAAUGUUGGCGAGAACACAGUAGUUGAGAGAGAGAUCUGGCCCUUGACUCUCGUGUCUGUCCCACGAGAUAGGUCUACAACCGCAGAUGCAGCAGCACAUGCUGAUGAGUCUGUGCUAGAGAAAUGUGUUUCUGUCCCAGACGUUCCCGCUGAAGAUGCCACGCGCGAAUAUAAGAGGAAUUACCCGUCUGCGGAAAUAGGUGACAGACGAUCGAGGAUGCAACUAUAUUGGCACUUCGUUCAAGCGGGCGCUCUAUCCUGGCAAUUUCAAUCUGCCUUGGUACUUGUUGAUCGAAACCGAGAAGUUGAGGUAUCAGAUACCCUUGAAUCGUUCAUUCACAUCCUGCUUUACUGUUCCGUACGGUACCUUCGCCACAACAUCGGCGAUGUACCCGAGUUCCUGCGCGGAAAUUUUGGCGAUGCUACUCGUAACGUGUCCCGAAGGCAGUCGCGAAAUGCAAAACUGGCUAUCAUACAUAAGGGAGUGAUUCCUCCCAACGAGAAAGACGCGGUUUCACUACAUUUUGAUCCUGAAAGCCACCCUUUCAAUCAUAUUUUUAAGCAGCUACUUUUGAUAUGCAGGGAGUCUUACUGGAGGGCCGCCUUCGACAGCCCAAUCUUAGCUCGGGUUCUGAAUCAACAAAUCUGUGGAAAGGCUCUACCUAAGUCUGCUUCGGAAACUCGUUCUGUGACCAAUACGGCGACUACGACAAUCAUCCAUGCACCUCUAACUAUUGCCUCGGCCGACGAUCCGGGUCGAGACAGGCUAGAAGAAGCAAUGGCUAAUUCUCACGACAAGAUGAGACGCAAUCAUUUUGAAGCCGAAAUGGCGUACGACAGGUUUUUACUCAUAUUGGAGAGUAUGCUCCGCGAUGCAGAGCGGUGGCCGGAGAACGACCGGAUUGGUGAUCAGAUGCUUACGUCGAAAGAAGUUGAUGAUUCGCGAUAA